AUGGUGGCAGACGCGGCGCCACGACUACUGCCCGGCCCUCGGAGCUCCCGGCCUAUAUACCCACCUCGUCGCAAGCUCGCGGAUGCCCGAGCACGGAACGCAGACAUGCCAAGAUGCUCCACCGAAUGCCCUAUCACCGGAUCCCCCAAACUGGCCUACCAACCCGACAAGACCUACGCCUACGCCUACUCCGGCAAGUCCACAGUCCAGCUCAAGGGCGUGGACAACGGCGACAUUGCGACCGAAUGGACGGCAGGAGUUGAUCUCACCUGGAUCGGCCCUUGUGACAUGGCCAUCUCCUUCAGGAACACCAAGAUGGAUGGCGCCCGAGGUCCCAUCGCUGCCAGGACGCUGGAGAGAUAUCCACUGGUGGUGGCCGUUGUCGACGGGAGGGUGCAGCACGUGUGCGCUCACCCAGAGGACGAACCAUGGGCCAUCAACCUGAAAAAGGGCGUUGCUUCGGCUUUCCAGAACUCCAUCCCUUCUCUGUCUGCUGUCAGCUCAGGCAUCACAGUAACUGAGACCGAUGUUGUCGGAAAAUGCCCGACAAAGUAUGAAAUUGAGACCGAAGGAGAGAAGGUCAUUGUGGUCAAGGAGAAGAACCACCGCCACUGUCAAGAACGUUACCCAACACCUGCUGAAACACCUGCACCAUGGCUGAAGGCUCCCCUGCCGAUCGAGGAAUCCAAGUCGCAGUGCAGGCAGGAAAUCGCCAAUGGCAUUUACACCGCCAUCACGUGUCAAGACAAGAACAUCGUUCGACCUGCCAUUGGAAUCUACAAGUAUGUGGAGGCCAGUCAGGAUUCAACACUUCGUUUCAUCUCCGAGUCCUCCGACACUUCAGCCAUCAGCGGCAUCCCUUCAGGAGAACUGCACAUUGAAAGCCUGUUGUACAACCAUGAAACAAUGAAGGACCCACAGCUGGCACCUGAGCUAGAUGAACUCAUGAAGGAGAUCUGUGACAAGACCAAAGACACAGUUGAGGCUGAAGCUGGUGCAUUGGUUGCCAAGGCUCUCCAUGUGUUACGUCGCGUUCCCGAGACGGUUGUGGUGGAGACUGCGCAGAAAGUGAGACAAGGACAUUACUGCAGUGACUCUGCUAGGCUGGAGAGCAUCUUCUUGGACGCAGUUGCUUUCCUCCACGAGUCUGGUGCAGUAAAGGUCAUGGUUCACGAAAUCGAGAAUGGACGAGCAACAGGGGGACGUCUUGCUCUGUACACGGCAGCGCUCUACCUCACCCCACGACCCAACAUUGAGGCAGUCAAGGCCCUCACACCACUGUUUGAAAGCCCUCGUCCAAUGCCCUCGUUGCUGCUGGCAGCUGCUUCCAUGGUAAACAACUACUGCCGCCAUACUCCAGCUUGCUAUGAGAAAGCUCCAGUUGCGAGAAUUGCCGAGAUUCUGGCCAACAGAGUCCAGAGUCACUGCUCUCCUUCUGCUGGUGUUGAGGACAAGGAAGUAGCCCUUGCAAUUUUCAAGGCAAUAGGGAAUAUGGGUGUGGCUACACCUGCCGUGACAAGGGUAGCUCUUGAGUGUAUUGAGAAUGAGAGAGUGGAAACCAGCAUCCGGGUUGCUGCUGCUCAGGCCUUCAGGCAAGCCGAUUGUCGUCAACGACCUGUAAAUCAGCUUCUGGACUUUGCCGCAAGUCGGUUCACCGAAACUGAAAUCCGCAUUGCUUCGUAUCUUGUAUCCAUUCAGUGUGCUGAGGAGGAAGCUUUGGGGGAAAUGGUUGACAAGAUUUCCGUACAAGAAAAUACUCAAGUCCGCAGCUUUGUCCUGAGCCACCUGCUUAACCUGCAGAAGUCCACCGCGGUUCACAAAGAGAGGAUACGGAAACAUUUGUCAAAUUUCAUCGUUCCGACCGACUUUCCAGCGGACAUAAGGAAGUACUCGAGGAACAUCGACUGGUCCUCCCGGAUUCCCUCGCUUGGCGCAGGCGCGGGCGUCGAGGGAGACGUCGUGUUUGUCCCUGGCUCCUACGUCCCGCGCUCCUUGCAUGCCAACCUCUCGGCGACAUUAGCAGGAACGGAAAUGAAUGUGGGAGAGUUUGGAUUCCGCGUUGAAGGACUGGAGCCGAUUCUGAUGGAACUGUUUGGUCCGAAAGAGCAUCUCCAGAGUGAUGGUUUCAGGAAAGUCAUAGAGUAUUUGACCGUACUGGAAGGUGGAGACAGUCUAAAAGGAAAAAUGUCGAUUGGGCUCUCUACAAUAUCAAAUUUCUUGAGAAAACUUUAUAGACAAGACGCAUCAGAUAGGACAAAGGUGGACAUGUUUUUCCGCUUGAUGGGCAAAGAGCUAUUCUAUGCAUCUUUGUCUGGAAAGCCAAACGAAAUCGGUCUCGGAAAUCUGAAAGAAAGUUUAGCCUCCUAUUUCCAACCAUCCUUUGACCCACUGAAUCUAAACAUCAGUUCGGUUCGCACUGCGGAAAUAUUGCGCGACUACCAUUUCCCAACCAUCCAGGGAAGUCCUCUGAGAGUGAAGCUAAGCGCGGUCGGCGUGGCUGGGUUUAAGAUGGACACUAAGCUCAACAUUCUUGAAAUGAUUCUUCAGUCGAAUAAGAUCGAUGGCACUUUCAAGAUGUGUCCCAGUUACUCUUUCAAAGCUAGUGUUUUUAUUGGUCAUGACUGGAAACUAUUCCAAAAUGCAUUGACUAUGGAUGGUCAAAUAUCUAGCUCGAAUGGUAUUAACUUUAACCUAAAAGGAAUGAAGGAAGAAGAAGUGCAGUUUGAACUAGAACUGCCAGACAAAAUGGAAAUCUUCAACAUAAAAGCAGCAGCUCGUUUGGAAAAGGUAAUUCAAGGAAGAAGCAUUGUCAUCUCAGUACCUUCCACCGAGAGAGAUGAGAGGGCUGAACACAAGUCUUGCAUUAAUACUUUCGAACCGGUAUUUGGCCUGAAAAUAUGCUAUGACGUGAACAUACCUGAUAUAUUCCGCAGUGAUGUGUUGCCUCUUGGGAAGCCCACGAUAGCCAAGCUUUAUGUUGAAAAGGCCCAUCCCUCGAUGAAGGGUUACCUGAUAACUGCCACCCUCAAGAAUAAGAGAGGUAACAAACUCAUAAAACUGAAAAUAGAAGCAGAUGGAGUUACCUCGCCAAGAGAAACGGAAAUGGUCCUGUCCUACACCAAGGAAGAGAGUUCCCACAUCGUGUCCGCUACACUCGACUCGUCUAGCGUCAAUGCAGGAAUGUGGACCACUCUAACCAGUGAGGAAGGGUACAGUGCCUUUGAAACCUUUGUGAAGUUCAAAGCCAGUAACACAGAUAUUUCUCACAGUAUUAAAGUCGAUCUAAAUGCAAAACAGGAAGGUGCCGCGGAAGAGUUGGUAGUGAACGUGUUCGGUGGUCGUAGCAGGAGACUCGCUUCUGAAUCGCAAAUUGUGGAGACUAAAUUCACUAAGACGACUAAUGGGCCUGGUGUUAGCGUGGAUGUGAUUUGCAGGACCAAAAAUGCUUUAAUGAAAUAUCUUGAAUUGAGUUUUGAAGAAUUCCAAGUUAGAUGCACCCCAGUGAAGCUCAAUUUCUUCAUCAGAAAAACGAAGGAUAUUGCAGGAUCCCGUGAACAUAUUUCUGCGCUAAAGUUAACGUACAGAAAGAGAAAAUUGCUUUCAUUAGAGGCAACCCAUAAAAUAGAAGGCGAUAUUUAUGGAAAUCAGACAAUUGGAACGGUCACGACCGUCAGGGCGACGAAUUCCGAGUACAAAGCCUCCUUUGAUUUGGUUUCCAAUUGCAACAAGUUCGACCUGUCUCUGCAAGUGGUUCACUCAGCUGACCACGCGAAAGUGGUGGACUUCCUCGUCUUCAUGGGUCGGGCAGCGAACUCGUACAGCACUAAAAUUCAGCUUGACCUGCCCCGCGCCAUGAGGGCCAUUAAGUUCGAGAGCAAGCUGGAGGAGCAAGAGCAGUUUCGUUUUCUGGCAAGAGCAGCUCUAAAAUUCGGAGACGACGUCAUUCUCCAGGCAGACGGUCCCUUGACAGCCAGAAUGCUACCUUGUGUGACGGAGUUCCAGACCGACUUGACUCUGAACAUGCUGUCGUUAAACCCUUACCGAAUUUCCAGCCAUGUCUCCCUCACGAGUAACAGGCAGCUCCUGGCCUUUGUCAUGAAGACCCAAAGGGAACCGGUCUUCGUGCUGGAGUGGAACGCCACCGCCGUGGUCGCCCGGAGGACCAUCGGCAUCAAGGUCCUGGUUCCUGCCGUUGCCAACCUCAAUACCGAUAUCGUCAUCAGCCCCGAGAUAAUUCACAUGUGCUUUAAUAAACUCCUCUUGCCCCUUAACCCUGCGCCGCGAAGGAUCAAAUGCUUCGUCGACGUGGAUCUGACGAGUCGCCACGCCACGGGACGCCUGUUCUGGGACGCCGAUGUGGACGUCGGCAAGGGAGUCAGCGUCGAGGUAUUUCUUGAUGGAGAUGCCUUCCACCCCCACCACGUCGCCUUGCAUGGGGGCGUGACCUACCUCAAUCAAACGUAUCAUUACAAGACGCAGGUGACUUUCGCAGAGCCAAAUGGUGGAUUCGAGGGAGGCAGUGACUUCUCUCUGGAGGUCACUACACCUUCUCACUCGACCAUCGUCCUCGAAACCAACUGCAAAGUCGACCACCAUGACACGGCGACGAAGGUUUAUUCUACCAUCAUGUUUAAGUCUACGCAGAACGAGAAGUAUAGACUCACCAACUUUUUCGGCCUCGAAAUGGGCGAGGAACCGCACGAAUAUAAAGUCGACGCGGAAGUCAUCUUGAGUACGCCGAGAAUGAAGGACGCAAGAGUUCAGGCUCGUCUCAUAUACGGCAGUCAUCCUUUCCAUCGAAACAUACAUCUACAGAUUAGCGUGUUGACCUCGCCAGACAGAGAGCCACUGGGCGUGCAAUUUACAGUUCUUCAGAGUGACACCUCAUCUUCCGGUACAUGUAAGAUUCUGGACAAGAUUCCUAUCAUGGUGUGCGAAUGGCGGCUCGUUGUGUAUCCUGCUGGUGGAAUUAAAAUAUUUGAAGUCGGUGCGGAUGUGGCGACGGCAGUUGUCCUGAUAAAAGAAAUUCGCGAUGUGAUCCUACAGGAAAGAGAUGUUUCGGUAAAGGAAAGGACAUCGAAGAAAUCCAUCUUCCGAUAUAAAUAUGACAACCCAACGUCAACUUCCUACAGCAUCCUUCUUGAAACUCCUUCGAGGAAGAUCCAGGGUAAAGCGAAGGUCUCAGACUCCGAGUCGGGUCUCAGGCUCUCUUCUCAAGAAGAAGGCUCUCACACGAAGUACGAACUCGUCUACAGUUCUCGUGAGACAGACACCGGAGAGCAGAAGUCAAGAUGGGAAUGGCAUAUUGAUCAUCCAGGGUUGGCAAAACCUGCAUUAAUUGGCCUUGAGUACACGGCGGGGAAUAACACACUCAACGGCACCAUAGACCUAGACAUCUUCCCCGAAAAAGAUAAGAUUACUGGGACCCUGAAAUCAACGCAUAUUACCAACGACAGCAUUGAGACGCAAGUUUCAGUAACUUCAAAGGUGCUGAGAACCAAUCCAAAAUUGAUCAUCACAGCAGCUAAUGCACCAGGAGUUGUUGCUUAUGACAUCAUGUUCUGGAAGAGUCCCUCCCUCCCUCCAUCAUUAGAAUUAGCUUACAAGUAUUACAAGACCCACUACAGCGAAGCGACUUUUGCCCUCACAGUCUCAACUGAAACUGAAGUGGUGUUUGAAAUGGCUGGACUGACAGAGAAUGAAAAAAAAAUCGAAUGUGAUGGUGUGAAGAUUAGUGCAACUGUGAAUGCACCAGCACUUGGUAAAUACAACGUUUUCUCCAAGAUGUGCAGGCCUGCCUUCAUUGAGGUGACCGCAAUGCGGCCUGGUGGAACUAAGGAAUACAUUGCCAAGCUUGGCCUCCGAUACCCUGACGCUGCUGAAGCAGGUGUAUAUGUGGCUAGCGACAGAGCUGGAGAGAGUCGGGGUGUUGCUGUUGUUGCUGUGAAGUUGGCUUCACCUACAAUGCUUAAGGUCGAGAUGGCUUAUGAGCCAGAAGAAGCCCAAAUUGUAAUGAGUGAAGUGAGUGGAAACCUUGGAAAAGUCGCCAUGUCUCUCAAAGCAGUUGUAAUGGAGGUCGUCCAGUUCCUCAAAGAAGAAGCUGCUGCAAAGGGUGUUGAGUUCCCAUCAUCUCAGUUAGGCAGUGUAAUGGAUGAGGCGAAGGAGGAAAUCAAGGCCAUUUACCUAGAUCUCGUAUCGGAGAUGAGAAUCCUUGACACUGAGUGGAUUGCUGAUAUCCUCGAAAGCCCUGCAGUAUCCUUCGUGUCGCGGGUCUACCUUGGAGUAUGGUCACAGAUGACUCGCCUUCAACAUCACUUUUCAACCAGUCUGGUUGAAGCGAUCCAGAGAUGGCAGGAACAAAUGAGAGGCGUUUCUGAAGUCCUUAUGGAAUCUGUAAUGGGAGUAGUGCAACUCUUGGAAGCUGGAGAGUUACCUGAAACAGUUCGUGUCAUCCUGGAAAAAAUUGCGAACACUGAGGUGUUCAGGAUUGUAAAGAGGGAAGUGGAUGAAGUGCUGGCAGAGUAUCCUGAGGAGUAUGAGGGCAUCAAGCACGUCAUUACCAAGGUGGCGGCUACUCUCAAGCAGGAUGCGGACAUUGUGUACAAGAGGAUAAUGGAAACACCAGCUGUUCAAAGGAUCUUUACCUAUGUUAUGCAACACCUCAACUCGGAGCGUGUGUUUGCUGAGGAAACGGGAAGAAUUGCCAGCCUCAUUCUGAACGAACUUCUUUUCGUUUCAAUGGAAAGAGAAGGCAACGGUGUUGAAGUCCGAAUUCCCCUCCACCGACCCUUGUAUUCACUGAUGCAAGUGGCACAAGAAGCAAUGCCCAACCCUGUAACAAUGCUUGAGAACCUGAUAUUUGCAUACGUUGAAUACAUUCCCAUCCCUGUGAGCGACGCAAUCUGGGCCUUCUACAACUUCGUACCACGCUACAUAACGGACGUGCUGCCACCCUACCCUCGAACAGCCACGGUGGUUGGCGGCACCGAGAUCCUCACCUUCAGCGGCCUUGUUGUGCGAGCACCUCGCUCGCCGUGCAAGGUUCUUCUGGCUGCUCACGGCUCCCACCGCCUCAUGAUGUCCCACCCACAAGCCUCAGCCCCAGCACAGCUUGAACUGAAGACACCAGCAGCCACCGUCAUGAUCAAGCCUGACUUUGAGGUCGUGGUUAAUGGCCAACCCCUCGCGGGAUCCCAGCAAACAUUCGGAAACGUUUGGAUUGUGAACACAGCCGAGCACAUUGAGGUGGGAUGUCCCGUAAUGAAGGUCGUGGUUGCCAAGGCAGGCGAGGCCGUAGCUGUUGAGGCUUCAGGUUGGGUGUUUGGACGCGUGGCAGGCCUACUGGGUCCCAACAAUGGAGAAAUCGCCGAUGACCGUCUCAUGCCCAGCGGUGCAGCAGCCUCCAACCCCCGCGAUUUGGUAGCUGCUUGGCAGGAGGACCGCCAGUGCUCCACCCCUGAGGCUCCUCGUGCAGAGACCACAGUAGCUCGCCUGAUUCAGUGUGAAGCAUUGCUGGGGAUUCGCUCCAGGUGUAACCCAGUGGUUCACCCACAGCCAUUUAUUAAGAUGUGUCACGCUGCCCACAAGGCUUGUGAUGCUGCCCACGCUUACAGAACCGUUUGUUCUCUGAGAGGAGUGGAAGAGAUUUUCCCUUUGGCAUGCUACUAACACCAAUGUACAUAAUGUACAUAAACGUAAAAUGUUGACAACUCAUACAGGUUUUGGAUAUGGCUAUAGAUAUUACUGUAUUUUUGUUACGUG